AUGCCUCCAAAGACGUCGAACUGGAGAACGGUGGGCAAAAUGGUAGCCGCCGGCGCGGUGUGCUGUAUUGGAGGCCCGGCAUUGGUCAUUUGGGUCACUCCCUCAGAAGAAGAGCUGUUCUCGAGGUAUAAUCCGGAUCUGCAGAAAAGGAGUUUGGAGAAUAGAAUGAAGAACCAGGAAGAUUUCGAUCAUUUUGCUAUGAAGCUGCGGGAAUAUUCCAAGUCAAACAAGCCAAUCUGGGAAGCUGCGGCAGAUGACGAGAAGACCACUCGAGAUGGCAAGAUUGCAGAACAAGUUAGAAUAUCCGAGGAAAUAAGGGCGAGAAAGGAGGAGAUACGAAAGGCCGGAAUUAGUGGGGUGCCUGGAGGAAGCUUAUGA